AUGGCUGCGCUUUUGGGCCUCUUCUCGGCUUUCUAUCUGCUCUUCUCUGCUCGCGCAUCUGGCGUACUCCGCCCUCAGUCAAUUGCAUCUGAUUUGUCCAUCGUCACUCACAAUGACCUCUAUGGCCAGGCUUCCAGUAGACGGGCCGCAAGCAUCCUGCUGAGCACCCCUUACACCUAUUCUACCGCCCGUUCCCAAUGCGCUGCUCUCGACACCACCCUCUGGAACCCCCGUAGUCAUGCCCAAAACUCGGCCUAUCUCGAAUACCUCAGUUAUGCAAAACUUGCCGGUCGUGACUAUCUCUUCUGGGUCGACGGCAACUCAACCUCACAGUGCACAGCAAUAUCCACUCAUGGCCAGUUGGAGCCCUACCCGUGUGACAAGCACUUGCCUAUUUUGUGCUCAACCACUGCUGCUUCCACUUCCCUACCCCGUAUCGCCGUCACAACUAACAAUGCUACCAUAAUAGGCCAUCGGGAUGACUCCUCCCCGUCCUUUCGUUUCUUUGGCAUCAAGUAUGGCGCCCUUCCAGCCCGCUUUACCCACUCGACAUACUUGCCCCCUACGCCUGCUUCAAAUACGACGGCACUCGAUUAUGCCCCCAUACGUAUGCAGACCCAAACGUCUACGCCGAAGACUGCCUCUUCCUCAACACUGGCACGAGACAAGUUUGCUCGCUCAAUUAUGAUGAGCAAUCUUCAGGGCAUGAGCUACUCGGCACCCUUUUCAAACUACUUGACUAUUGCAGAGGAAACCAAACGUACCCAGGCUCUCGUCGUUGAAGUGGGGUGUGGGCAGCUCCAGGGUGAGGAUAUGGUCCAAUGCCUACGCAAGGUGGAUCCAUGGGCAUUGAUCAAUGCAAAAAACGUUGCCGCGUCAGUCAAUUCUCUUGUCACAGUGUUCCAUGGAGAGUGCCUGGAUCAACACUCCCUCCUUCUUGACCCAUCAGCACCCAAAUUAAAACAACCUGCCAUGAUGGGCAUCAUGCACGACGACGGCUCGGCAUUUACAUGCUAUCCAACAACCUCCAACCUCUCCACGAUUAUAUCUUCUCAAGGCUACCCUACUUCCACCAUUCUCGCCUCAAACGCCUUUCCCCUUCCAGAUAUGGCCAACAGCGCGCUUGCCAUUUUCAACCUCACCUCAAGAGUAGCCACAGACGCCCAGUUGAGAUGUUUAGGGCAAAGCACUGCCUACACCGGAGCCGCAAACCGCAUCUUCGACAAAGUCUACACUUACGAAUUCGACAGAUCCUUCCAACUUAGAUAUUGGAGUCCCAAUCCCCCAGCUUGCGAAGCUCCUAUCACACCAGACCACCCGUUUGGCAACCCAAAUCUACCGUACUACAAAUGCUAUUCCGGCGAUCUAACCACUGUCUUCGGCACCGUUGUUCCACAAGGCAGACCUCUCCGCGACGACUACGACAUUCCCUUUUCACAAUUCGUCCUCGAUUCCUGGACUGCCUUUGCGCGAACGGGGGAUCCAAACCCCGAUCCAGCCUUUUUAAAAGCUAGGGAUUUCACGAAUACUACUGUGAUGCUAGAGGUGCAGGGAACUUGGGGUCCGGUUGAUGUCGAGAAUCCAAUAUUGAAGGUGUUGGAUAUAGGGAGAGAGGUGGUAUGA